UUGAACUUUUGUUAUAUUGUGUGAUAUAUUAUAAAAUAAUGGUUUGUUAUAUAUUCUAUCUAUAUAAAAUGAAAUCAAAGUUUCAUCAUAAUAUGUGUUCUCCUAAUUUUAAUCAUGGGUUGCUCUACCAGGUGUUUGUUUAGUACAGUUUUUAGUUUAUCAAAUAUAAGAUCUGAUUGCACAUGGAUCUUGUUAAAAAUAUGUGUAUAUUUUGUCAUCAAAAUGACAAAUAAAAAACCUACUUUUUCUCCCGAAGUGUCCCCAACUGCCAAAACCUUUGUCUUUAUAGCAUCUCCAAAAGGCACUCAAUAACUUCAAAUAUGAAGUUUUUUGCUCUCCAAAAAUGAACUUCAAAACUUCAAAUUUGAAUUUGAAGUUUUGAGGAAUGAAACUCUAUAUUUGAAGUUUCACUUCUCAAAUCUUCAAAUUUGAAGUUUUAUAUUUUUAUUUGUAUUUUAGUCCCUGCAAUAACACAUCACAAUUAUAAUUUAUAAAUAUUUUCUUGUUUAUUAUUUUAAUCCUUAUAAAAAUUAUAUCUCAUAAAUAUUUUAAGUUUUAUUUAAAAAAAUUAAGUUUACACAUAAAAUUAAAUAAAACUUUAAAAGAAGAUUUAAAAUAUUUAAAAAUAGAUUUAGAUAAAAAAAAUAUACAAAAGAAACUUAACAAAAAUCUUUAAAUAUAUUACAUGAAGACAUAACUAUUACACAAAUUUAAAUAUUACAACAACACUAAUAGUUAGGUAAAUUUGAUCCGGACCUUUCAAAAUUUUCAAAUAUUGUCCAAUUUUUGUUGUGUAAUUGAAGAUGGUUGUUGUUGUUGAUGAUGAUGUCUUUUCGUACAAUUCUUUUUUGUUCAUAUUGAAUAUAUUCACGAGUAUUACUAUCAUCGAUAAAAGUUAGUCUUUUAGCAAUAUUUUAUGUUUCUCUUUUAUUUUUUUGUUCUGAUAUAAUGUAUUUACAAGUAUUAAUAUCUCCCGAAUUUCAACAAUUUUUAUCUCUAAUCUACUAAUUAAAAAUGAGGAGAACUAUUUUUACUUUGAAAUGCACUAGUAUAUCAUAUAUGCAUUACAAAAAUCAAUUUAUAGAAUAAUAUAGUAUUUUGCUUGAAGUUUAAUAUUAAUUAAGUUAUUUUGUUUAAAAUUUUAUAUUUUAAUAUAAUAUUUUAUUAAUUAAUAUUGUUUUAAUAUUUAUAAUAUUUAUAUUUUAAUAUAAUAUUUUAUUAAUUAAUAUUGUUGUAAUAUGUUUAUAUAUGUGCUAGUUAUUUACAAAAGUUUUAUGAAUUCAAAUUAGUUAUGACAAAUAUAAUGACCAUAUUAUAAAAUAGAAAUAGUUCUGAAAUUAAGUUUGAAGUUUUGAUUUUGGAUAAAAACACCUUUAAACUUCAAAUAUAAAGUUUUGGAAACAGUUCCUUUUUGGAGAUGCUCUUAGAUCAAUAACUUCCCCUCUGGUUUGGCUUCGUCACAGCCAGGGAGCAUCUUCCUCCUCGUCCUAUUUCCUCUCAUGUGACUUAUUCUCUCUUUUCCAGUGUCGUCAUUUUCUCGUAUUUUAUGUCCUACGGUGUUUUUUCUUUGGAUUAGGACAUUGAUGGUCUCGACGAUACAACUUUUUGGUGUUCUUCGUUCAGGCUAGAGAAAGAAAGUUUUUUUGAGAGAAAGGAAGGUGUUUUGGUUCUCUUCAUUGGUCUAGUCUCAAGUUGGUGGUUUCAACCUUUGAUCUCGUUCUCAUGGAGAUUUUGAUAAUUGGUUCGUCUGUGGUGGCGUUUGUCCGGCCAGAUCUGUGGCUGGUUUUUCCAGAUCUUGUUUUUCUAUCCCGGUUGUGAGUGGUGCAUCAUUCGACUCCCAUCAAUGAAGUAUUUUGGGUGGGAGUCUUGCUUGGUUCUAAGAUUUGAGUCUUGUUAUUUUCUAGGUAGUUGGUGAUCGUCUGUUUUUGUUCUUGCUCUCUCUUUGGCAAUGGAACUGUCUAUGGUUAGUUUUUUGGUUCUAAAGUUUGGAGUUCACUGGUUACGCUUCGUGGCUUGCUUGUCCUUCGGAUUCAGUUUGUCCUUGAUUCUUGUUAGAGGAAUUAGUCCUUGUUCCCUAUUUUAUGGUCGUUUCUAUCUAGGCGUUUACUGGUCGUGUCAUUUGUUGUUGUCCGACUUCGCCGCAUUCAGAGGUGUGAUGAAGAUCAAUAGGUCUUAACUUUCCGGAUUAUGAGCCACAGAUUCAUGGUGAUGGGAAGGUAGUCUCUCAUUAUUUGGGAGGAGGAAGAUGCAUCAUGUGGCUUGUUGUGGGCAUCAGCUGCCGAUUACUCACCGUGAGAGAAGUAAAAAAGCAACUAUGUUGUUCUUGCCUUGUAUGUAUGGCUCGCACAUUUGUUUGAGAUUAAUUAUAGAUGCCUAUUGGUGUCUUUUUAUUUGAGUUUUUAUUGCUGGCCGGUUUGGCUGAGGUUGUAAGAAUACUUUGAUUACAAGUGUUAAUAAAAAGUGAGAGAACGACAUAUAAACAAUAGGUAACUUUGAAUUUUUUGUUCCGUUUUGACAAUUUUCUAAAAAAACAAUAGAUAACACUCAUUUUUUUCUGGUAUGUAUCCCUCUUACAUCUAGGCAUUUAUCAUUGUAUGUAUAAGGUAUCUGUUCUCCACUGAUUCAGAUACGAAACCGUAGGAUAGGAAAAUCGAUCAGCAGAAAACAGUUCAUGAGUUUUAGGGUCCAACAAGAAGAGCAACUUCGGCUAAUAUAGCCAAAUUUUACUUCAUAUACAAACAAAAAACAACCUGAAAUUUAUCUCUAGUCCUUAUCACUAGACAGGAAUAGACAAACUCUUUACAAUUCUUUGCACAAAGCAUUUAUGCUUCUUUUGUAAUUCUUCUUCGGCUUUGUGAAAUCAUCACUAUGUUUAGACCACGUAAUGAAUUGAUCCAAGAUUCCCUUAAUCUUUGUCUUAAAUGAAAUAUUACACCUUAAGUUUUAUAUUAAAUUAAAAUUUCUUUCACAAUAAGUGUUAUUAUAGAUUUUCGAUACAUAUAUUAAAUAAAUUUUUGAUUUUACUCUUAUUUGUAGUUUAAUAAUUAAUAAAUUCAAACAAAAAAUAAAAAUAAUGGAGAUAAACCACAAAAUCAUUAAUGUUUUUAAUUUGCGUGCAAAACCACAUCAAACAAAAUGAAUAUUUAAUUAACAAUAUUAAAUGCUUGAAACAUAUAAGUAAAUAUAAAAAUGUUACCCCUAUAGCUAACUGAAGUACACAAGAAUUAUGUUGUUGCAAAACAACUAAAAACGUUAUUUUAUAGUUAAUGCAAAUCACCAGCUAUAACAUUCAAAGCGAGUCGAUUACUAUAUAUAUACAAACUUAUAGAUCAUGGGAAUGAAAGAAGAAAAAAAAAUUCAACUAAGAAAGUUAAAAAUUAAUCAUAAAUGAUAGAGAUGAAGACAAUUUUCAUGGCAUUUUUCUUUAUUGCCACUUUAGUAUCAUAUGUGUAUCCAAGUUUGGGUCAAAAAGAUGUUGACGAUGAACCACUGGUCAAUUCCGGUCUCGAAUUUGAUACAUUGGAUACGAUAUCGCCGGCUUCCGAAGAUUAUAAUAUUCAUAUGCUCAAGAACAUGUCACCAAAAUACAUAACAUAUGUCAAAACAUGUCAUGACAAGAUGGGGCCCAGUGGUGGUGCGAAAUGUAAUGAUGAUGUUCUUGAAGAGAUUCUUACGAAUAAACCCGUUUCCAGAGAAUGUUGUCUGAAAGUAGUAAAAGCCGGUAAAAAAUGUUACAUGGAAACUAUAAAGUUUAUAUUUCGAUUGUAUCAACUCAAACGUUUUGCUUCUCAAGUUUCUUUCAAAACCAAUAAGGUUUGGAAUAGAUGUUCUAUUGAAGUUGAAAGUCCUUCAUCAUCUCAGAAAAGUCCUUCAUAGAUGUUAUCUUGAUUGGUUGAACUUUCAUUAUAUUAUAUGAUGUAUUAUAAAAUAAUGGUUUAUUAUACUAUUCUAUCUAUAUAAAAUGAAAUCAAAGUUUCGUCUGAAUAUUUGUUCCCCUAAUUUUAAUCAUGGGUUGUUUUAUCAAGUGUUUGUUUAGUACAGUUUUUAGAUUAUCAAAUAUAAGAUUUGAUUGCACAUGAAUCUUGUUAAAAAUAUAUUUGUAUAUUUUUUCUUUGUAACUCGAAUAAAUUAUGUUGUUUAGAAAUCAAGUAUAAAAAGUGAGAAAACGGCAUAAGAAAAGAAAACAAUAUAGGUAACUCUCUCAUUUUUUUUCUUUGGUAUGUAUCCCUUUUUACAUCUAGGCAGUGUAUUAUAUGUAUAACUCUGGGAUUAUCUUAACAUUUUUACCAAAAAAAAAAAAAAAAAACUCUGGGAUUAUAAUAGCAAUAUUGUUCUAUGACGUACAAUUGUACGCCACCAAUCUCAUCAUUUACCUUUCUAACAAGCAUGGCCGGUAAUGGACAUAAAUAUGAGUGAAUUAUUGGCCUGUGAUCUCUAAAAUUUUAGAAAAUAAAUAAAUAAAUUUGUAACAAAGCAACUUGAAUCCAACGAUACAAUACUACCAGAAUUCUCUCUCUCUCUCUCUCUCUCUCUCUCUCUCUCUCUCUCUCUCUCUCUCUCUCUCUCAACUUACUAAAAGAGAUAUAAUUAGCUAAAGACAUCUCUAAUGGUACACAAAAAAUUUCUCUAUAUUUCACUUUAUUUUAGAGUAAUUCUAUUAUAUAGUAAACCAUUAAAACAAAUUCAACUUUGUAGUAGAGUUACUUUAUUUUAGAAUGAAAUAUAGAAAAAAAAUUUGAGUACUAUUAGAGAUGGUCUAAGAAUAGCUAUAUUACCACAGCUAUUUGAUCAAUUAGUGAUAUUUAAUACCAAACUAAAGAUAAAUAGUUUGUAGAAGCAUUGUAUCCUACUGGUUAAGGUUUAAAGGUUUUUACAUCCAUAUCUAAGGUUCGAAUCCUAGACUAUGCAAUUUCUUGCGGAUUAUAAGAAAUUCAAGUUUCAAGUCCCGGAGAAAACGAAUUAUUAAACAAUUAUGCCGAUUACAGAAGAAAGACUUACAAGAAAUCUUCAACAUGGUGCAAGUAAAUCUGGCCAGGCGUAGAUCUUCAUAGGACGGCUCAGGUAAUGCAGUUAGGCGUAAGUUCUCAUAAGCCAGGUAGCAUUGUCGGUCGUCGAAUCGUCUAUGUAAUUUUUCUGAUAUCGUAAUCGUAAUAUCCUAAUAAAUCAGUUUU